AUCAUCAUCAACAUGGCCGCCGGCCGCCCACCGUAAAAACAACUUUCUCAUCAACUUUUUUGUUUAUUUUCGUUCCUGCCAUGUUUUCUGUUUCAAGACGGGACCUGACAACAACGCAACCGUAGAGCGAAGCAACGAUGAAACCUUUCGAGUGAAAGUAGAAGGUGUGAUAAAGCUCAUUAGGACUGGACUUCGGACAACGAGAUAGGAGACUGACGGAACCGCGCACUGCAACCAGUUGAUUUUACAACAUGAAGCAGACUCGCCCCAACAUCCGGGAACCCCAGACCGUCAUGGCCACCAGCUUCAGCUUCACCCAUGCUGCCGUGCUAUUGGUGGUCGCCGUGGUUACCUGCUACUGGAACUCGUUGUUCUGCGGUUUCGUGUUUGACGACAUGUCGGCCAUCAAGGACAACCGCGACCUCCGACCUUCAACCCCCGUCUUCAACCUGUUCCUCAACGACUUCUGGGGAACUCCCAUGCACAUGGAGAAGAGUCACAAGUCGUACCGCCCCCUGUGUGUGCUGACGUUUCGGCUGAACUACCUUCUCCAUGAGCUGGAGCCCCUGGGGUACCACCUGGUGAACCUGUGUCUGCACGCCGCGGUGUGUGUGCUGUACAUGAGUGUCUGCUGUAUGUUUGCCAGCCUGGGGACUAGCUUCCUGGCAGCACUGCUGUUCGCUGUUCAUCCCAUACACACUGAGGCAGUGACAGGUGUGGUGGGGCGUGCAGAGCUCCUCUCCUCUCUGUUCUUCCUGGCUGCCUUCAGAUGUUACACCUGCUGCUGCAGAUCUACAAAACCUGCAGGUUGGAGUUAUGUGAUGUACACAGUUCUCCUAACCAGUGCUGCCACCCUGUGUAAGGAACAGGGCAUCACAGUCAUAGGGGUGUGCUGUGUGUAUGACGUGUUCAUCGCACAGAGGAAAACUAUACAGGACCUUCUCUUCACUGCCUACUCUCUUUUGUCGGGAAAGUCGGGUCUUCCUCCAUGGUUGAAGAGUUCGAUAGCUCGUACUCUACUACUCGUCCUGAGCACAGCCUGCUUAAUGCUGGCCAGGGUCAAGGUCAUGGGGGCACAGCUGCCUGUCUUCACCAGAUUUGACAACCCAGCCUCGGUGUCCCCGGCCCUGACCCGACAACUCACCUUCAACUACCUCCUGUCAAUCAACGCUUGGCUCCUCCUCUUUCCGUCCGAGCUGUGCUGUGAUUGGACGAUGGGAACUGUGCCUUUGGUAGAGACGUUUAGCGAUCCCAGAAACCUUUGCACACUGGCCUUCUGGGUAACCAUGGCUAAGUUGGCUCAGAGUGCUCUAACUCGAGACGGGAAACGGGCUAAAGCAACAAUUAUGGCCUUAUCUCUGAUGGUGCUUCCGUUUCUCCCAGCAUCCAAUCUGUUCUUCCCAGUAGGCUUUGUGGUUGCCGAGCGGAUCCUGUACAUCCCCAGUAUGGGCUUCUGUUUACUCAUCGCCAUGGGAACAAGCUUGCUAGCUAAACAAAGAAACCUGAAGUACGUGACAUAUGCUGCUGUCUUCUCUUUACUGGUCUUCCACGGUGCCAAAACUAUCAGGAGGAAUUUUGACUGGGAGUCAGAGUAUAGUCUGUUCCAGUCUGCACUGAAAGUGAACACGAGGAACGCGAAGCUGUGGAACAACGUCGGGCAUGCGCUUGAGAACCAGGACAGACACGCAGAGGCACUGGAGUAUUUCCUCCGAGCUGCUGGAGUUCAGCCUGAUGAUAUUGGUGCUCACAUGAACGUUGGGAGGGCUUACAAAAAUCUGGAGCGCUUUCAGGAGUCGGAGGAGGCAUACAGGAAAGCGAUGGCCCUGAUGCCGUCCGUGAUCCCGGGGAAGAAGUACGCCACGCGAGUCGCACCGAGUCACCUCAGCGUUUACGUGAACCUCGCCAACCUCAUCCGGGAGGACGACGCCAGACUUAUGGAAGCCGACUCGCUGUAUCGCCAGGCCAUCAGUAUGCGACCAGACUUUACCCAGGCGUACAUCAACCGAGGGGAGGUGCUGAUGAGACUCAACCGCUCUAAGGAGGCACAGCAGUCGUACGAGACGGCACUGCAACUGGACAGCGACAAUCCUGACAUACAUUAUAAUUUGGGCAUAGUGCUGCUAGAACAAGGGGACAGAAGUCGGGCCUUAAAGUCUCUAACCAGAGCACUGCAACUGGACCCUCAUCAUAAGCAAUCCCUGUUCAACUCUGCGGUGAUGAUGCAGGAGUCCGGUGACCCGGCGCUGCGGCCGGAGGCGUACAGACGACUGUACGAGGUCCUGGAACAGGAGCCGCAGAACGAGAAGGUGUAUUUUAACCUGGGCAUGCUCUCCAUGGAUGACAAGAACUUCACCGCAGCCGACCAGUGGUUCAGACACAGCAUACAGUUGAAGCCAGAUUUCCGCAGUGCCUUGUUUAACCUGGCCCUGAUGCUGUCCCAGAUAAAGAGAGACCUGGAGGCCUUACCUUACCUGGACCAGCUCCUUCUGCACUUCCCUCACCACAGCAAGGGUCUCAUCCUCAAGGGAGACAUUCUCAUGAACAAGGUCAAGGAUGUGGAGGGGGCCAAAAAGUGCUUUGAGAAAAUUCUGGAGACCGAACCAAAGAACAUCCAGGCCAACCACAACCUGUGUGUGGUGUACUUCGAGCAGGGAGACUUGUACCGCGCCGAGAAGUGCCUUGCCAAGGCCCACGAGUUAGCGCCUCAGGAGGACUACAUUGUCAACCACUGGAACAUCGUCAGGGGCAAGAUUCAGCAAGCCGAGAUGGCCAGGAGGAAGCAACAGCAGCUAGAGAGGGAGAAAGAACAGGAAAUGGAACAGCAAAGGCAGUUACAGAGGGAGAAGGAACAGCAAACGGAACUACAGAGACAGCUACAGAAGGAAAAGGAACAGCAGUUGGAACAAGAGAAGGAAAAGCAACAAUCGGAACAGCAAAGACAGCUGCAAAGGGAAAAGGAACAGCAGUUACAGAGAGAAAGGGAACAGCAAAUGGAACAGCAGAGACAAAAGGAACAGGCAGAAAGAGAAAGAGGAUAAACCUCAUCAGGAGAACUGAAGAGGUUAUAUUUAGAGCAAAAAUGCACAACAUACAAGAGAGAAGACGUAUCUAAAGGUAUAUUUUUGCAAGAGUAGGAAAAAUUAGCUAGCUACAGUAGAAAUGUCAUAUAUAGCAAAAUAUCCUGAUUGCAUGUUUUAACUUUUCUUCAUUUUGGUUUAAGUUGU